AUGAGGAAGAAACUGGAUACUCGUUUCCCGGCUGCCCGUAUUAAAAAGAUAAUGCAAGCUGAUGAGGAUGUUGGGAAGAUUGCAAUGGCAGUACCUGUUUUAGUUUCAAAGGCUUUGGAGUUAUUUCUACAAGAUCUUUGUGACCGUACAUAUGAUGUAACUGUUCAGAGAGGAGCCAAGACUGUUAGUGCAUUGCAUUUAAAAAAGUGUGUUCACAGUUAUAAUGUUUUCGACUUUCUGAAGGAAGUUGUCAGCAAGGUUCCUGACUAUGGUCAUUCUGACACGACUGCUGACACGUCAAAGAGAAGGAAAGUUGUGGCCGAUGAAUCUAAUGACAGUGAUGAAGAGUCCAAGAGGAGCAAUAUGGAAAUAUGCCAUGCAAGUAGCGGCAGGGGAAGAGGACGGGGUAGAGGAAGGGGUCGUGGUCGGGGCACCCGGACAACAGAAAGAGAGCCCCCCAGACAUGAGGUUGAAUCUGAUUCUAUGACAUCCAUUCAGGAUAGAGGCAAAAAAAUCCCGAGCCCCAGGGAAGCAUUGGAUAACUGUCGGGAAGUGAAGGAAGAGUCAAAGGAGAACAUCAAAGACACUGAUGGUGCCGAUUCCGAAUUAAGGAAUUUUGAUCUGAAUGCUGGAGCUGCAGAUGAGGGUGCAGAUAAGAUUCCCCCGGCUGCAGAAGCACCCACUACCUCUUCAGCCGUAGCUGCUGAUGUUAAAGGUGAACAGUAUCCUGGAUGGUCGCUCUCUGAAAUGGAUAGGAUGGCCAUUGACCCUCUUCAACUUGCACAACUCAAUUCAAAAUUGGAUGAGGAUGAUGAAGAUUAUGACGAAGAAGGUUAG